AUGGGUUACCCAGAGUCCUGUACUCAAGGCCCCGGACUACAAACCCAAGGGUAUCUGGCUCCGACGGACAAGGCACGGCGUGCCGAAGCAGAUGGACGUGCUCGCAGGGUUUACAACGCGCUGGCUAAGCCUGCUGCACCCGCUUGGGGGGCAGCUGAGUUCCCACUUUUGCACCGCGAUGGUUCCGCUCAAGCUACGUCAAAGAGUCCAAGGGCGCUAACACGCAAGCAGAAAGCUUCAAAGCCCUCGUUGGGCCUUAAACUCCAGAUCCUGGAACAACUGGCGGAAGAUCGCGCCCGUCUGGCACUGCGGUUACAAGCCGUAGAGGCGGCCUGCAACGCGGCCCUGGCAGCGCACUCUUCCACAGGCACCUCGGAAACCAGCAGCACUGCGGGAUCGUCCACCAGCGACGUGACGGGGCAUUACAAGGCCCAACCCCCUGGGGGCGGCUACCCAGCGGCCUGCUUGGAGCGAACACCACUACGGCCCCAGACGCCGCCGACCACCAUGAAGCGACGUCCUUGCGCCGCCGCGCCUGCCGCAGCCGCUACGGAGCCGGUACAACCUUCACCAACAUCCGCUGUUCGCCAAGCCUCAAAUACAGCCCAGCAGCAGCCUAUAGCCGCUGCUCGGUUGCCAUUGGGUUCUUCCUCCACACCUACGCUUCUUCGAACAGCAUCAGGACAACCCGUCGCUGUUCUGCCCCAUGCUGGUGCCACUGGUGAAUCAGCUGUCACGUCGGCGGGGCGACCGCAUCCACCGCUGCCACCAUCGUCGCCACCGCCUUCCGAACGAGAUCCCGGCUUUGGGUCCCGAAGGAGGCUCCAGCAGGAGGACGCACCUUUCCAUGGUGCGGUCAGGAGUGGCAUCAAAAAGCCGUGCCAUAGCGUUGCGUCGAAGGAGACGAAGGGAGCGGCUGCAUCCCCGGUGCGGAGCAAGGUGGACGUGACGUCUGAGACGCCGGGGGGCCCAACAGGCACGGCGGCGGCGGGGCAGCGGCCGGCGGCGUUGGACGUUCCGGGGUGCGCCCGGGGGUUGCGCCCCAGUGUAGUGUCCUCAGUGUCCUCAGCUUCCGGGACAGCGGUCUCGGCUGCAGCUCCCUGGGCGGUCGCUGCGGUGGUCACACCGGCGCUCAGUGAGGCAUCACUAAGGCUUUCUUGGCAGGACCCCCUGGACCUGGUGGCCCCCAGUUCGCUGUGCAAGUUUGCAUGUAAGCUUGGAUCUAGUAGCUGGGGCUGCUGCUUUGCAAACGGGGCGGCCACUGGUGAAGGUUCUGACGUCCGCCGUGUCUCAAUUACGCAAACACACACACUGCCACGCGCACUCAAUGCCCCGAUGCACGUGACGGGACGUGGCCGCGCAACAGAGAGCCGUUCUGGGCACAGCCACAUCAGCAGGCAGCGCCCGAUGCCCGGCUAUUGGGACACAGAGAACGACUCUACGUGGGGAUGGCGGAACUGCAGGCGGAGUUGUAUAGUUCAUGGCGCGCGCUGUUGGACAGCGGGGCCAUUUAGGGCCCCUAGGGCUCCGAGAUUGAUUUGUGUGGGGCCAGUAUUCGUGUAAUAAGUUUCAUGUAUCGUCAUAGCCAUUGCAAGUCUUAGCCUAAGAACCAUUUAUUUUUUCACAUUUGUAGGCCCAGACGAACCGUCUUUAGGCACAUAAGUAUGACAAUGUUCCGAUGGAGCCCACCCCCCCGAUCAGGACAUGGAGAUACCGAGGGGGUGGUUUUGAGUAGAUUGUAAUCCACGUAUGUGGAGCGAUAACUUACGAGAGCGAAUGAAUUUCAGCGCUUGCAUAAGGCAAAUAUUUCUUGGCAAGCUGCUUUGAAUUUUUGUACUGGAGUUUUGCUUGCGUCGCGGUGUUGGAUGGUCGUUGGCGGGUUCUGGUACGACAUUACUGAGCAUUGCACGGAAGGGCCAGGAGUACAUCAGGUGCAGGAGGCAAUAGGGCAAGGAAGGCCGUACAGUAUACAUCGCCCUGUCCCUCAUCUGUACAUGAGGCUUGUUCCGUUCUUGAAGCCUUUCUUCUGGAAAGUUCUUAUGAUUGAAUAAUACCCGCGAGACAUUUCAUCCCAAACGCAAUUUACUGCACGUGUCCAUCCCAUCAUACAUAUUUGCUAUUUGCCCACGGGAGUUAUUCCACGUCGGCUGUCGGCACCGCCGUUGCCGUUGCGACCUUCACCGCCGUUAUCAUGGCCCCAUGCUUCAUCUCCAAAUGAAUAAGCUCAACCCUCAACAGCACUGAGCUGCACCUCCCAUCUCCACUACCAUUCCAGGGGCCUGCCGAAUAACCGUAGCAACGACAACAGCAACAACACAUACGAGAUACGAAUGUAUGCCUCAUCACGUCGUACAGAAGUGAGAGGGGCCGCGAAGGCAGAGCGCCUCCGAAUCUUGACACAGAUGCACUGCCAGCCCACCGCCCUCUACCGCGAGUUCCUUUCCUGUUCCGGUGCUGUGUGCCACAGGCCACCUUCCCCACCUUCCCCCAGGAAGGACGCGGAAAACCCCUGACGACUGUCCUACUGCACAUGAUACUCCGGACAUACCGCCACAUAGCCAACUCACGAAUAACACGCGACGUACAAAGGUUGCAUCGUCCCGGCUGCAUACUGCCGUACCCCGGCCCCCGGGUGGUCGGGCAUCGCACCACCGGGGUGUGCUGUGCUGCACAAGAUCGCUUUCGAACACGUUCUAUGCUCCCUGUGUCAGCGACGGAUGCGAACUCCCUAGCUGAGCAAGCAAGGAAGCCAGCAAGCAAGCAAGUUCACAGGGCGAGAACUCCUGCAUUGGCGGCCAAACACGCAGCUACAGACCCUAUCCCGCUAUUUGCAAACACCCCCUUCCCUCUUCUCCCGCAGCUUACACGCCACCACAGCCACCCGCCCUGAGGGACCACACCACACAACAAACGGGAUAUUUCAAACCACCAAUCGAUGCCAACA